AUGCGGUCCGACAUACGGUCGCUGCCGAGCGGCCCCAGCGGAGCGAAGGGCGUGGCUCCCGCGGGGAGCGCGGGGCUGGCGCAGGGCGUGGUGGCGGGGAUGCCGCAGCUGGUGUCCCCCGCGGUGAUCCCCGCGGUGAAUCGUCCGCUGGGCCAGGGCUACGUGCCCGGCGUGGCGGCGCUGAUGCCCUUCAUGCAGCCCGCCUACUUCGCCCAGCAGGGCGGACCCCUCCCCGCGGGGAUGGCACCCACGGCGCGGUUCCCCGCGGAAGCCGGCGAGCCGGCGGCGGGAGAGGCGGAGGAGGCGGGCGAGGAGCCGGCGAGGCCAUCCCCGCGGGACAGCGUGGGAGAGGAAGGAGCGAGAGAGCGACGCGGCGAGGAACAGGACGAUCCUCGGGCCGCCCAGCCCCGAAUGAACCAGGGAAUCAAUCAGGGAAUGAACCAAGGAAUGAACCAAGGAAUGAACCAAGGGAUUAGUCAGGGAAUGAACCAAGGGAUUAGUCAGGGAAUGAAUCAAGGAAUGAACCAGGGAAUGAAUCAAGGAAUGAACCAAGGGAUUAGUCAGGGAAUGAACCAAGGGAUUAGUCAGGGAAUGGGCCAAGGGAUUAGUCAGGGAAUGAAUCAAGGAAUGGGCCAGGGAAUGAAUCAAGGGUUGGGUCCGGGCUUGGCUCCCAGCCAUGUGCCCCGAUCGGUGCUGGCGGAUCGUCGCCCUCGCGAUCCCCGCGAUCCCCGCGAUCCCCGUGAUCCCCGCGAUCCGCGGGACCCGCGGGAUCUUCGCUCGCUGCGUGCCGGGAGUCGCGAGGAGGCGGGAGCGCAGCACGCGGUGCCGAUGAUGGUGUCCUACGCCUAUCCCCCCGCCGCCACGCUCCCCCCGCGGGAACCGCAUAGACCCCAGGGAGAAACGCCCGGCGGACAGUCGGUGCUGCUCCCCGCGGGGAUCAAGCAGGACCGCGGGAAUGCGGCGUACUCGAACAUGCCGUAUCUGAUCCCGACGGCGGUGAAUCGGAUCGUGCAGCCCAUGCAGGGCCAUGCGAUGCAGCCAAUGCAAACAAUGCAGACCGUGCAACCAAUGCAGACAAUGCAACCAAUGCAAACAAUGCAACCAAUGCAACCAAUGCAGACCGUUCAACCCAUGCAGACAAUGCAGACAAUGCAGCCUAUGCAACUCUUGCAACCCAUGCAGUCGAAUCAUUUGUAUUCGUCAGUCCCUAUCUCGCAGUAUCAACAGAUACAGCAAUCGCAGAUUCAGAAUCAAAGCCAGAAUCAGAGCCAGUCUUUUGAAAAGCAGACAUUGAAAACGCGUACAUUUAAUGCAGAGUCAGUGAACGCCGCCCCGUUCGUUCCUGCGAGCGAGAGACAAGCGGACCUAGAAGAGGAAGAAUAG